GACAUCCUUGGAAGAUGAGGAGAUUCACUGCUUGCCUGCGAUUGGUCCCAGGUUUCGAGAGGCCAAGGCGAUUCGCCUGGCCGUGGACGAGCCCAUCGCCUCCGAGCGUGGCCUCGAGGGCUUGGUGGCCGAGAAGAACGAGACACACUCCCAAACCUCGACCGACACCGCCG